AUGGCGUCGGCGUUAGCGCCGGCCUCCUUCUCCCUGGUUCGCCCGGCGGUCGCUGGGCUCCGGUUCCCUGGCGCCGACCCGCGGCUGGCGAUCCACGUUGCUUCGCGCUGCCGCUCUGCGCCGUCGGCCGGACGCGGGACGCGCGCCGCGGCGACGAUGGCCAAGAAGAGCGUGGGCGAUCUCGCCGCAGCGGACCUCGAGGGGAAACGCGUGCUCGUGCGCGCCGACCUCAACGUGCCCCUCGACGACAGCCAGAACAUCACCGACGACACCCGCAUCCGCGCCGCCAUCCCAACCAUCAAGCACCUCAUUAACAACGGCGCCAGGGUCAUCCUCACCAGUCACCUGGGUCGCCCUAAGGGUGUUACUCCCAAGCUUAGCUUGGCUCCCCUUGUACCAAGGUUGUCUGAACUUCUAGGUAUACACGUGCAAAAGGCAGAUGAUGCUGUUGGACCAGAAGUAGAGAAAUUGGUGUCUGCACUGCCAAAUGGUAAUUUUGUGCUCCUUGAAAAUGUUAGAUUCUACAAGGAGGAAGAGAAGAAUGACCCAGAGUAUGUGAACGAUGCCUUUGGAACUGCUCACAGAGCACAUGCAUCAACUGAGGGAGUUACCAAGUUCUUGAAGCCCUCUGUGGCAGGGUUCCUUUUGCAGAAGGAGCUGUUUCAAACCCUCAAACGACCAUUUGCUGCUAUUAUUGGUGGCUCCAAAGUGUCAUCUAAGAUCGGAGUUAUUGAAUCACUAUUGGAGAAAUGUGACAUCCUUCUCUUGGGUGGUGGUAUGAUCUUCACGUUUUACAAGGCAAAAGGACACUCAAUAGGUUCUUCCUUGGUCGAAGAUGACAAGCUUGAGCUUGCGACCUCUCUCCUUAAAAAAGCAAAGGAGAAGGGCGUCUCCCUUAUGUUGCCAAUUGUUGUGGUCAUCGCUGAUAAGUUUGCUCCUGAUGCUAGCAGUCAGGUUGUUCCUGCAUCUGCAAUUCCUGAUGCAUGGAUGGGUCUGGACAUAGGUCCAGAUUCAAUUUCGGCAUUCAGUUCUGCCCUUGAAACUACUCAGACAGUCAUUUGGAAUGGACCCAUGGGAGUUUUCGAAUUUGACAAGUUUGCAGUUGGAACUAAGGCAAUUGCAAAGAAGUUAGCCGAGCUUAGUGGCAAGGGCGUCACUACAAUAAUUGGUGGUGGAGACUGCGUUGCAGCUGUUGAGAAGGCAGGUGUCGCCGACUCUAUGAGCCACAUUUCAACUGGGGGUGGUGCAAGUUUGGAGUUGCUGGAAGGGAAGGAGCUCCCAGGAGUAGCUGCACUGGACGAAGCUUAG